GCUGACGUCCCUCUCUCUCCCUGCCUCCCCUCUCUCUCUCCGUCUCUCUCUUGUCACUGUGUGUUUCGGGAGGUGGUGUGGUGUGGUUGGGGGGUGUCCCGGGUUUCUUUCAUCAUCUUCACCGAGAAGAAAACGUUAUGUUUUGGAAACACAGGACACUUCUUCUUCUUCUUCUGUAACGCCGGAGACCGUUGAAUUCACCGCCGGAGCCAUGGCAACGAGACCGAGUAAAGAAGAGCUAAAGGGCGGACUGGACUGAGAGACUGAACAUCCGCCGCUUUCUUUUCCAUUAAUCCGCAUUUUGCCGUUCAUUUAAACCCCCCCAAGGCUUCGUGCCACUUUGGCAGCUCCUGUUUCUGUUUUUCGUCUGGAGCCGCCGGCUUGACGUUUGCCACCAAGAAAAUCACAUUAGCAAGCUAACAGGAAAACAGACCCCCCUCCUCCUCCUCCUCCUCCUCCUCCUCCUCUUCCUCUUCUUCCCACUGAACCCGCGGUGGUCGAAGAAGGGACACAGCCUGAGAGACCACCUCUUGUGUUUCCCCCUUUUUCUUUUUUUUUUUUAAAACCCUCAUAUUGCCUCAAUGGUGGUGUUUCCGAUGCAGCUGGAAGUGAAGCCAUCAGGAUUGUUUCCUUUAUGGUCUUUGCGCACCGACAUGGUACGAUAACGUCUGAGGGCAGGAUCAGGGGGGUGAAAGUGAGAAGACAAGUGGGGGUUGUUUUUCCCCCUUCAGAUGAGGCGGGGUUGGUACCACCACCACCAUCAACACCACCAACACCACCACCAUCAACACAACAGCAGCAGCAGACAGACAUGAGGUGGAUGUAACCACUUUGUAUUUGAACGCAUCAUUUUAAGCUGGAUCACCGUCUUGUGGUGAUCUGUGCUGCCUUCAAGUACCGUGACAAAGAUGAUUGUAUGAGAGGUGAAGUUGUUUAUCCCCCCCUCCUCCUCCUCCUCCUCCUCCUCCUUCUUCCUGAUACAGAGCCUGGUGUGACUGACACUUUGGCUAACCUGGGCUGUGUGUUUUUAUAACCCAGUGUGAACAGAACCCCCCCCCCCCCCAAGUUCUUUAUUUCCUGUUGGACGACAAGACGAACUCAGGGACGGAAAAUGUCUUUACGCACGGCACUGCCUGGGAACGAGCGGACCGCGGACCAUCAUACCUCCCUGUCAGCCAGCCGCUCAGAGAAGGGUACUGGCUGGUCCAGCCGUUCGCUUGGUGCCCGAUGUCGUAACUCCAUUGCCUUGUGUUCAGAUGAGCAGCCACACAUUGGAAACUACCGGCUGCUCAAAACCAUCGGCAAAGGCAACUUCGCCAAAGUCAAACUGGCACGGCACAUUCUGACCGGCAGAGAGGUUGCAAUUAAGAUCAUAGACAAAACACAACUGAACCCGACCAGCCUUCAGAAGCUGUUUCGAGAGGUACGCAUCAUGAAAACUCUCAACCAUCCCAACAUUGUACAAUUGUUUGAGGUGAUUGAGACUGACAAGACUCUCUACCUGAUUAUGGAGUAUGCCAGCGGAGGCGAAGUGUUCGACUACCUCGUGGCUCACGGCAGAAUGAAGGAGAAAGAGGCCAGAGCCAAGUUCAGACAGAUUGUCUCAGCGGUGCACUACUGUCAUCUGAAGAACAUUGUUCACAGAGACUUGAAGGCAGAGAAUCUACUGUUAGACGCUGACGCCAACAUCAAAAUAGCCGACUUUGGCUUCAGUAAUGAGUUCUCUGCGGGCAGUAAACUGGACACAUUCUGCGGCUCCCCUCCGUACGCGGCCCCAGAGCUGUUCCAGGGGAAGAAGUACGACGGUCCAGAGGUGGACAUCUGGAGCCUGGGGGUCAUCUUGUACACGCUGGUCAGCGGGUCCCUGCCCUUUGACGGACAGAACUUAAAGGAGCUGCGGGAGCGUGUUUUAAGGGGGAAGUAUCGUGUGCCCUUCUACAUGUCUACAGACUGUGAGGGAAUCCUGCGCCGCUUCCUGGUUCUCAACCCUACCAAGCGAUGCUCACUGGAGCAAAUAAUGAAAGAUAAGUGGAUGAAUGUUGGCUAUGACGGCGAGGAGCUGAAGCCCCACUCAGAGCCGGUGGAGGACUUAAACGAUACUAGCCGCAUCGAUGUUAUGGUCGGGAUGGGCUUCACCAGAGAUGAAGUCCGAGAUUCACUGGUCAGUCAAAAGUAUAAUGAGGUCACUGCCACUUACCUGCUGCUGGGACGCAAAAAUGAGACGGACGGCAGUGAAUCUCGGACGGGCAGCAGUCUGAGUCUAGCCCGAGUCCGACCCAGCGCCAUGACCAACGGGACCAGCAAACACACCACCUCAUCAUCCGCUGCCACUUCUUCCUCCUCUGGCCACAAGACACAGCGCAGUGCCUCCACUUACCACCGCCAGAGACGACACUCUGACUUCUGUGGUCCAGCAGUCCCAGGGUCAACGCAUCCAAAGCGGAGUCCCAGUGGUACGGCUGAAGGGGCGGGGCUUAAGGAGGAGCGGACGUCUAUACGGAAGCCGAGCACAAACCCUGUGGGAUCCCGUAGCAUCCCGACCCCGUCUAGUCCCAUGGUCAGCUCUGCUCACAACCCAAAUAAAGCCGAGAUACCUGACCGACGCAAGGAAGCUAACUCAACCACGGUACAGAAACAUUUAAAUAAUAUCCCUGCUAGUGCCAUGACCCGGAGGAACACGUAUGUGUGUACGGACCGAACCAACACUGAAAGAAACUCACUGCUGCAAAACGGCAAAGAAAACAGUUCCAUAUCCCACCGCCUCCCCCCUGCUUCGCCCUCAACCCACAGCAUAGGUGGUGCCUCUGGCGUCUCCUCCACGUCCUCCACGCCCUCCUCCCGCCUCUCCCGGGGCACCACGGUGAGGAGCACUUUCCACGGCGGGCAGAUCAGAGACCGCCGGCCUCCCUCCCACGCUCCCCCAGCCUCCCCUACACUGUCUCAUGACUCCAGCCCGCUGCCCCACGCCAGGACUCGGGCCACAACCAACCUGCUUAGCAAACUCACCUCCAAGCUGACCCGCAGGGUCACAGACGAACCUGAGAGAAUCAGCAGAUCUCCGGUCACAAGUCGCCAUCUAUCUGGGCAUCAGAAAGCGGCCGAGCCCCGGACCCCCCGAUGCGGCUGGGAUGUGAGGGUGCGGAGCCCCCGCGACCCGGCCGAGGUGGUGCUAGCGCUGCGCGAGGCGGCUCAGGGCUGCGGGUGCCAGGUCCACCUCGCGGGUCCUUUCCUCCUCUCCUGCACCCACGGAGCAGCCGGCGCUCGCGUCGCCUUUGAGGCCGAGGUCUGCCAGCUGCCCAGCGGGCUGGGCCAGAGCAGCGGUGUGAGGUUCAAGCGCCUGUGGGGGGCGCCGUUAGCCUUCAGAGACAUUGCCACCAAAGUGUCCAAAGAGCUGGAGCUCUGAGGGCGACGGGAGGCGGGGCAGAUUGACGACGGGCGGGACAAGUUGACGACUGAGGAGGGCUGAGGAGGAGGAGGAGGAGGAAACCAUCGACUCCUCCUCUUCCUCCCUGGGCUUCACCUCAUCUGUUGUGGCUAGUGAUGCCUCGCCUCCGCCAAAGACCCUCUUCUCCUGAUGCCACAAACAGAUGCGCAGACACGUAGACCGACAUCAGCAGACUCAUGACCCCCCUUGACCUUGGAGCUGUCAGUGACCCUCGCCUCCUGCUUAGAAACCUCCGUAUUGUGUGAGCCCUCAGAGUCACCGUUUUGUUUUUUUUAUAAUUCAUGUUUGAUGAUGAUAUGGACGGUGUUGUUGAGAGUGAUGGAGAGUGAGGAUUUCUUGUUGUUGUUGUUGUUGUAAUUCCUAUUCGAUCUUAUUUGUCAUCAUUCCUUUUUAAAGAGCUGCUAUUUAAAGAUACUUUUUUGUGUUUUAAAUUUAUUUUCUGUCUUUAAAUGCUUUUUAAAUGAGCAGGAGUUUGACAUCUGUUGUCAUUCUUGGAAGCCGGUGUUGCAUAUUUAAUGAGUGAGGGCGCAGUGUGACCCCCGGGCAUCUAGAGGGAGACAUGCAGAAAUGCAUAGACUUAAAAGAGCAUCAUGGCCUUUCUGCAACAUCAUUUAAAAAUCACUAAAUUUACUGCUCAGUGAGGUGUUUAGUUUGUUUCAUGUCCCACUGUUCUUACUGAAUUCAAUACUCUGGACUGAGAGCGCACAGACGAGCAAAGCAGGAUGUAAAAUAAGACUCAGCUGAUAUACAUUCACGACCUUUACCAACGAGAAAAAGUCCAUUAGAAAAUGAACAAUAAGAUAUAUCUUAGUUGUACAGGUUACUUGAUCCGUACCAGGAAUCAUGAUUUGACACAGGCAGAGAGCAACACCAUGUCACAGACUAGAACCUCAACGUUUCAUUUUCAAAAAGCAGGUUUUUUCAGCUGAUAAUAAAUGACCACCAUGCACUCUAUUAACUAUCAGUUUAUUAUCAUUAUUUCACCCUCUAAAUUGAGAAGAUUAAAUUGUUGCUCAGCACAUAUCGCAUGCUGUUUCCACUGAGUGCCCUGCAUCUCUUUCUGGUCUGAUACAUUUUGAUUCUGCGUCUUUUCAAAACGAUGCAACCUUCAUUAUUUUAAAUAUCGAUGGUAUCAAAAAGUAAAGGAAGCAUUUUUUUAAAAAUUGUAAAGAUCAUCGUCCAUAUUUUUAACCCAGAACUUCUCGAUAUAAGAAGCGAGAGAGUCACAGGUCAGCAAAUACAGAUGUUUCUCAAGUCCUUGAGGCGUCUCAUAAAUGUACUAAAGUAACCUGAUGACACUGAGCAGGGGAGAUGUUGCCUUUGUGUUUGUGGGCCGGAGUUGGUACUUAAAAACAAAGCAUGUACCCAACAUUGGGAGCCCAGGAAUUCUGUUUUUGUUGUCAUGGUUACAGAACAGGUAUUCAUUUUGUUGUAUUUGUAUUUUUUUUACUAGAAUCGUAUCAAAGUGUAAAAAAUGCUGGUAUCAUGGCGGCCCAGCAUCCAAACAACUAAUCAGAUCACAUUCAUGGAAACAAAUAUUUUCUCUCUUUUUUUUUUUUAACCAUAAAGAGAUUCUCCCGGUUUGAUGUCCCCUUGUCACUGUUUUUGUCUGAUAUAAUCAGAUGAGUUCAUGCAAACCACAAACCUGAUCCAACAUGAAGCAAACUCAUUGUUGGUUCCAUCUUUAACUUCAAAAGCAGAGAUUUCACUAAAUCUUUGAAUCCCAGUAUCGAGCAGCUGACUGUUACACAUGUGCAUCAGGUUAUUUUAAUUGAUCUAAUCUUUAGAAUAUAUUUUCCUAAACACGUCUACAGUGUCCCGUACUGUUGUGUAGUAAACAGAGGAGUCUGUUUUAGUAACAAACAGCUGUUGCUAAGGCAGCACUCUGACACCACAGUCUGCAUCGACUGUCCUCAUAAUAACGUGCAAUACAGCCACAAAGCUGAGACUUGAAUACUCAUUCAUUCAGACUCAACAGGGCUCUGUGAUUUAUUCUUCAUUAUGUUGAUUUGUUGUUAAAAUUCAUCGAGCACUUUUCUGCUUUUAGCCGGUUUGGCCUUGUACUGAACUGGCACCUUUUUUUUUUUUUUUUUUAAUUCAUCUGUAAUUUGUUUUGUACAGUUUUUAAAAAAUGUCGAUGUCUCACAUGAUUAAAGCCGACGCGAGUGAAUAGCUGAAAUUUGAAUGCCUUUACUCACAUGAACGGCUUCUGGAAAUCAUUCUCUUUCCACAGUAAUCCAACUUCCAAGUUCAGUACCCUCGGAAAAUUCAAGAUUCAUCCUUUCUCUGUUACAUGUCGUCAUUUUUUUUUUUUUCUGGUUCAAUAAUGCAUUUUAGUUUGUGUUCCUCAACUCAGUAACACUUCCGACUUUUAAAAUGUGUAGAGCUCCCCUCGCUGGUCGACCCGGUGGCGGCAGCACUGACACAUGUAGGACUGUAAGAAUUCAGACUGUUAACCAAUCACUCCACUCUCAACUCCACUGAUUCAUCAAAGCAUGCAACGUUUGAGGUCAUGGUUAAAGAUGAGAAUGUGACCUCACAUGACUUUGGGAAAUUAAAAUGUUGUUUUUUUUUAGUCCUGAGUCUGAAAACUCCAAAAUCAAAAGGUUGUUGUUCUUGUCUUGUUACUCCCUCAAGCAAACAAAACGUGUACUUCUGAGGUAUGUAACCUUUAAUCAAACACUGAUGUUUGAUGGUACAGCAGAUUAUAUUUACGGCUGUAAAGAAUUCACCUUUAAGACAGGAGCAGGUAUGGACCCACUGUUCAAAAUGUGAAGAUGUGAUUUAGGGCUAAAUUCAUUUUCUGAAUAACAGGCCUCUUUCUUUCUCUCUCUCUCUUUCUCUCUCUUUCUCUCUCUCUCUCUCUUUCUCUCUCUCUCUUUCUCUCUCUCCCUCGCUCUCUCUGAACUUGUUCUGUAGAUACAGUUAGAGCCGCGCUUUAAGGCUACAGUUCUGUUGUAAAGUGUGUUUGAAGACAUUGCUGUUAUCAACAAAAAGUUAACUUAUGGGCUGAAAUGACCUUAAUGAUCGACCUGCAAUCCUGCAUGUCUCCUAGGAAAUAAUGUGUGACACAAAAAUAAAGACUUCAACCUCUUUCAUA